CUCUUUCGUCUACUUUCCAACAAACACAAAACAAUCAAAUCAUCACAACCACAAAACAAUAACCUCAUCAUCACAAAAUGGGACAACAAAUGAGUCGGCACGGAGACGAAGAUCAACCCUUCGACUAUAAUCUCCAACAACAGCAACAACAACAACAACUCCAUCACCUUCUCCUUAUGGGUGUAAGCAAUUCGGGAAAGACAUCCUUCUGCAAAAUGUCCAAUCUCCUAUUGGGUGGCAGCAUGUCCAAAAAUUCACUAAAAUUCCACGAAGAAUUACUCAGCAGCAUGUUCUCAUGGUUAUUGUUCAUUAUUUGUGUCAAGAAGAAAAUUUUCAACGAAAUUGAUUAUCGAUUUCCAUCAUCAAAAAAUUUAAUUGAUGAAAAAUUGUUGAAAAUUGUAAAAAUUUCAAUCGUGGAACAGUGCUCGAAUGAGGCAGGGGCAGGUGAGAAUGAGAAUGGUGGAGAACAGGGAGAUGCUUCUCGGUGUUUACUGCAACAAGCAAUUGUUAAGCCAGAAUUGUUAUGGAGUGAUGCAGGAAUGAUGCAACAAAUUUCAAUGUUGUGGGCAACUGAGACAAUUUUACACAAAAUUUACACCAUCUUGUAUUAUAACAAAAUUUCACCAGAAUUAUUGUACUUGUUUGGAAAUACUCAAGUGGGAUCGAUUAUUUCAGGAAAUGUGUUGGAUAAAAAUGGAAAUGUGAAUACAGUUCCAAAACAACCACAAUGGCAACAUUUCGAACAUUUCAAUUAUGUCAUUACUCAUUGUAAUCAAAUAGCAGAAAGAUUGAGAAGAGCUAGAAAGGGAUUUUCUGAUACAGAAUUGAAAUCUGAAACUGAAUACUUGUUAGCUUCGAAUAUGACUCGAGGUUUCUAUGAGAGUGAAAUUAAAAUCAUUACAGAGAGAAAGAGCACAUCUACCACUGAGAAUGCAACCACAUCAACAAGCUCCUCUAAAAAGAGUAAGGACUCUGAAAAGAAUGCACUCCCUCAAAAACCAAAACCAAUCAUUCGUUCACUUCACAUGAUUGACAGUGCAGGUGUUAGAUCAGAUAGAAAAAAGUGGAAGAAGAUUUUGCUCUCCAAGCUCUAUGAAGAAUCUCAACCAUUGACAAGUUCAACAACCUCCUCUGGAAAGGAUAAGGAAAAGGAAGAGAAGAAGAAGAAGAAAUCUGAAAAUACAGCACCUAGCUCAUCAUCUGUAAAUGCUUCAUCUACUCCACUCAAUACCACAACUGACAGCAAUACAUCCGCCAAUUCAAGUGAACAAAAUGCUACUUCCAGUAAGAAACCAAUCAAAACUCAGGGAGUUGCCAUUUUGUACUUUGUUUCACUCACUUGUUACAAUCAGUAUUCAGUUGAUGAUAUUUUGGGAUUGUACGGCUCCACAAUUUCAAUAACUGAUUCGAGAACUCCUGGUUCUCCACUUGUAGAUAAGGUAUUGACUCUUGAAAAACCAGUUUAUGAAAGUGGUAGUGAUGCCUCAUCCAAUGACAAGCUCAUUUCCACCUUGACAUCACCAACUGGUAGUAGUGUCAAUGUGAAACAUACUGAUCUAUUGGAAAAGGAAAGAGCCAAGAAAAAGACUUUGAAAUCACCAAAAUUCAAGCCACUCAUCGACAGUGCUUCAUCUAAUUUCCUAUCACGUCAUCAAAGUUUACAACACAACCAUUUGUUGACAUUGAAAAAUCAAUUAAUUGAUUCGUUGGAAUUUUUCAACAGAACUGUUAACAUGCCAGAAUUGGAACAUGUUCCAUUCAUUCUCGUCUUUACAAAGAAGGAAUCACUCAAGAGAAAAUUAGUUUACUGCGACUUGUCAGAUGCCUAUCUUUCUAAUUUACUAUCUGAAACUCCAGAAAAUUUCGUUCGUCUUGAUCCAUUCCCAGAGGAAAUUAUGCAAAAGAGAACAUCUAAAAUUGACCCAACAACCAUGCCAGAAAAGAAGGAAACUAUUCAAGUUAGCCCACAAAUUCCACCUCCUGCCACUCCAGAAAAGAAAUCUCCAAUUCCAUCUCAUUUGAGAGACGAAGAUUCUGUGGAUUCUCCAGUUGUUUGUAUGGAAAAGGUUGAAACCUUUGAAGAACCAAAACUUUCCGAUCAAGUCAUUAAGCCAGCAACAACAAGAAAUGUCACUGACGAAAGCUCAUCAUCAUUGGAUGAAUCUCAUUCAAGACAAAGCAGUUUCAUUGAGGUUUCUAUUGAAGCCUCUUCAGGAAAGACCAGAAGAUUCCAAGACAAUCGUUGUGUGAGUGUUUCCAUUAAUUUAUCUACAUUGGAGCAACAAUUAGAAAGUCAACGAAAGCAAAUUAAGGAAUCUCUUACGCAUGAACAAUCUGAGGAAGGAAUCACUCAAGAAAUGAUUGAUUCUUGUCUCAAAUUCAACAACCCUCCUGAGAGAAUUAUUCCACUCACCGAAGAUGACCUCAAAGAACCUGAGCAAUCAAUUCAAGUCACUGAUGAAUAUCUAGAAUUGAAUACCAAGUACAUUAUCAAACAAUUUUUAAAUCAAGUUUCGAAUGAUGAAAAGAGAAAUCAAAUUCAAAUUGUAACUUUGGAUGUUUUUAAUAGAGAGGACAUGAAAAAACUUCUUGCUGAACUAGUCAACAAAUCUUGCUAAAUGAUUUGAUUUUAACAUUGUACAUAAAUUCUCCUCUUUUAAUGAU